AUGGCCGCCAUGAAGGUGGUGCUGAAGCUGGACCUGCAGCACGACGACACGCGGAAGCGCAAGGCGAUCAAGGCCGUCUCCACUCUCUGUGGUAUCGACGAGAUCGUCGUGGACAUGAAGGACGACAAGAUGACGGUCGUGGGCAUGGUCGAACCCGUCGACGUCGUCCGCAAGCUGCGCAAGCGCUUCUGCACGGCGCAUAUGGUCUCCGCCAGCCCGGUCAAGGAUGAAGGCAAGGACGGCAACAGGAAGAGUGCGAGCACGGCCGGCCCAGUGCACCUGUCGUGCUACCCGCCGCACUGGUGCCCGCCGCCUCACCACCUGAACCCGUGCUACCUCGUCCACACCGAGGAGGACCCCAACGCGUGCGACAUCUGCUGAUCGACGCACAUUUCUGCACCCAGCCUGCAAUCCAGCCGAUUGAUUGGGACUCAUCAGCCUACCUCUUGCACCGGGGAUCGACGGUGUGCGUUAUAUAUAUGGCCGUGUGACUGUGACUGUGUGAGGCUGUGAUUAUAUAUAUACGGCCGUGUGAGCUAGAUAGUCACCGGUUAUAUGGCAGCUAGCUGCCCAUCUGCUGGGCGCCUG